AUGGGGAGGUUCAACCUACGCAGGAUCAUGGACAAGCAGGCCCAGGUCGUCAUGGUCAGUUCCACGGCCAUUGCCCUGUACGGGUACGACCAAGGAAUGAUGUCCCUGAUCAACACAAACUACAGCUACCUCUCCACCAUGGGCAUCGACGAAGAGUCCCCAGUCGUCGGCCUGAUCGUGUCGGUCUACUAUCUCGGCUGUGCGGUCGGGGCCGUGCUCGCGUCACGAUUCGCCGACGCGAAAGGUCGCAAGCCCGGCAUCUUCGCCUGUCUGGCGACGGCGAGCCUGGGAAACCUGCUGAUGUUCGUUGCUGGGUUCGGGGUGGCCACGACGCAGCACGCCGCGCUGGCGACGAUGAUGAUAGGGCGGAUCAUCAUGGGUCUCGGAGUCGGAGGCAUCGACGCCGUGGUCCCCGUGUACAGCUCUGAAUUGCAAGAAGACGACGCCCGGGGCACGGCGCUCGCGCAGGAAUUCCAGGCCAACAUCUUCGGCCUGAACAUGGCGUUCAUCACCAACGUGGUCAUCACGCAAACGCUGGGGAAAUGGAACCAGUGGGCGUGGCGCGUGCCCAUCAUCGUCAUGCAAGUCUACCCGAUCUUGCUCUUCACGGGGGCCAACUUGUUACCCGAGACACCUAGGUGGUGCGUCCUGCACGGCGACAACGAGCGGGCCAAACGCAGCAUCCGCCGCGUGUUUGGGCCCGAUGAGGUCGACGAUCGCAUCACCGAGCUGGUCCGCGCGCACAAGAAGGAAGAAGAGGAGGGCAUGGCAACGUACGCCGACAUGCUCUGGCCCGGCGGGUUGCAGUUCCACCCGACAGUCGUGACGGUCAUGGGCCAAGUCAACCAGGCCUUGACGGGCUACGGCGCCGUGUCAGUCUACGGGCCACAAAUCUUCGAACUGUUGGGUUUCGGCGUCACCACGGCCGAGUACAUCACGCUGGGGAACUACCUGUUCUACUUCGCCAUGAUGACCGUCGCGUGGGUGCUGAUCGACCGCGUGGGCCGGCGCAAGCUGAUGAUCAACGGCGCGUUCUGGCUGGCCGUCUCGUUCGCCCUGCUCACGAUCCUGGGCGGGCUCGCGUACAAUCGCCGGAAGCUGCACAUCCCGUUGCUGGCAACGGGCGUCCCGGGCAUCGUGGUCCUGUACUUGGCCACCUCGGUGUUCGGCGUCGGCUGGCUCGUUCCCCCUUGGCUCAUCCCCACGGAGAUCUACCCGUCCACGGCACGCGCGCAGGGCGCCGCCAUCAGCGUCAUCGUCUGGGGCCUCGCCAAUUUCGCGGUCACGCUGCUGACGCCCAUCGGGUUCAACAACCUCGAGUUCUACCUCUUCUUGGUCUUCGCGGCCACAAAUGCCUUCGCGGGCCUGUGGACGUAUCUGUACUGUCCCGAGUCCGGCCACCGGACGUUUGAGGAGAACCAGGAUUUCUUCAAGGAGGCCGCCGAGAGGGGUUCCUGGAUCGUGAGCCGGGUCAGGGACGGCGAGCUUCAGAAGCUGCCGGCGGCCGAGGUCGAAGAUGAAGAGGGGGUCGAGGUCGAAGUGGCCGAAGGCGAUCAAGACCGCCGCAGGAAGAAAGAACGGAGAAGGAAGGUGCAGAAGAAGCUGGACGCGCAUGAUGAGACGGUGCCUUUGCUCGGUAGAACUAGCACGUAG